AUGAAUGGCCCUGGCAAGAUGCUUAACAUGGGACUAUCCAGCAUCAAAAUGACCCAACAAUAUGGCCAUUACCCUUUGAACGAGGAGAAACUCAAGUCUUUGGCGGAUGAGGGUAAUUCGACUCAGCACGAACCAAGAUUGAAGAUUACGAAGUAGAAAAAAAAAGGG